AUGAGCCUGUGUGUCUCUGGCCCUGUCUACAAUACACAAAGAUGGAUCCAGCUUCCCGUGAGAGCAAACGGCUUCGUCUGCCCUCGUGGUCUAGUACCACCUCGCAACAGCCAACCACGUUACCGCUCCCGCACUCCGCGGCUCAUUUGCAUCAACCCUCCCAUUCUCAGCUACCAUCCUCUGCUGCUCCCGGAUAUUCGUCCUACCAGCCCCGGCACGCCGAGAUCUCUCCAGGUCAUCCUUCCACCUCAGGGCAUGGCCUUUUGCACCAUCCUGACGUCGACCUCCCAACCGCAGCAGCCGCCGCCUCACUCACCGGCCCAGCCGCAGUACCCUUCUUAUUCCUCCCGAGACUCCUUGACAAAACGAGAAGGUCCCGAAGACGGCCGUCGCCCGACAUCGGGCAGCCAUGGUCUUGACGGCGUCCAUGGCUCGGCUUCGCAUCACUCUGCCCCUCCCCCGCUUCCGCACUCUUACCCUUCUGAGCCCCAACGCCAUGUCAACUACGACUCUACUCAGCUUCCUCCGACGCCGUCGUACCGCCAUAAUACUGGGUCUUCAUCAAUGCAGCCCCCUCAGCCGUAUGAAAGCCAGAGCCAGUCCGCCUACGCGUCCGCCGGAGAGCAGUCAAUGUAUGGCGGCAUGUAUACGUCCUCAAGCGUGGCACCGGCAAAGAAGAAGAAUACAAGAGCAUCCCAGGCUUGCGACUCGUGCCGUCAACUGAAAGCGAAAUGCGACGAAUUAAGACCCUGUAAAACAUGCAGAGACAGAGGGACCGAGUGCAAAUAUCGCGAUCCACCGCCCAAAGUCGCCGACAAAACCCAAUCGGAUAUCCUCGAGGGUAUCGCCCUCCUGCAAAAUCAGCUAUCAUCUCUGACUGCUGACCUAUCUACUCUCACUGGUCAUUUUGCAAAUAUGAACGAACGCAUGACAAGAAUGGAAGCGUGCGUCAUGCCCAAAACUGACCUCAUUGACCCUACUCCGAACAUGAACUCGGUAGUCGAAGACGAGUGUAAACCUGAGCGCACACCGCUCAAUGGAAACGAAAUGGUCAAUUACUCGUCGCAGGACAAUGGUGCCGCCGGAACCGAUCAAACGAUGUUGCCUGAAGACGAGCUCGAGACCGAGCCCGGCCCCCCACCCCCCGUUGGCGAGCCCGCCAUUCCCAUAAACCAUACCACGCUGGCCGGACUUUUACUCGACUGGCCAUCUAUUCAAGAGAUGACGAAACAUCAUACCGAACGAGAGGGCAUAACCUAUGUGGGAGAAUAUCCCAUCAGCCAAGAACAGAAUCGAGGCUUGCUGAUUGUGUAUGGGCGUGGGGAAGACAACAGAAUGUCACGGAAGCAGCGCGAACGUGAACAUGACCAGCAAAGCGUUGACAUGCCCGACGACUCAUCCGACUCUCCAUCGCCCUCUAUAGUGACCGAAGCAGCGGACUGGGGCACUAUGGGUGGCCUUGGUCCGUAUGAUCAGAUCGACUAUAGAAGCGGUGUUCUCGGCCCUGACGGCAACCCCGACUUUUCCGAGGCCAAGGUAUGGUCAUAUGUCGAGAGCUUCAAGGAAAACAUUCUCAAUAUGCAUCCAAUCGUACAACCUCCAAUACUUGAUCAAUGGGUGCGCCAAUUCCUCGACUCCUUCCCCAUACAAGGGAACAAACAUAUUGGCAAGACGAGCACAGCUUGGGCCGUGAGCAGCUCCUUCGAAACUACUGGUUUAAAGCGCAAGCGGUCAUCCCCGGGGCCGCCCGACAACACGGAGAGUUCGUCAGCGGCAUCGCCCACUGCUAGGACCGGUCGACCCAAUAGAACGAUACACACCGCACUCGUCCUGACUAUAUUGGCACUCGGGAAGGUAUGCCAACAUCGAGACUAUGUGCCCGACGCCCUCCACGUUGGUGAUCCAAUGCCCCACGGAAGGUUUCAAAUCAAUGGCAUCCCUCAAUCGCCAAAGGGUUCGCCGCCCAGCGAUACGCCACGCUCACAAUCAUCAAAUUUAGCAUCCCCUCAUGAGCAGGAGCGUCCGAAUCAUGGCCGUCGUUCGUCCCUGUCCGGUAACCCUCGGGCAAGUCUGCUAAAGAAGAAUUACGAGAACAUUCCUGGCCUGGAAUACUUUGCCUUUGCAACCGACAUCCUGGGCAACCACUACGGAUCCUAUAAUAAUAUGAAAAACGUGUAUGCCCAAAUUUUUGCUGGUCUCUAUCAAGGUCAGCUCGGCCGGCCUUUGGAGAGUUUUGCAUUCAUCCAAGGCGCCGGACACAAACUCCAGGUGAUAAUGCGGCCCAGCCUGGAGAAGCUCAAGAGGUGCAAAACUGAGCGGAAGUUUAUCAAUGAUCACAAGUACAACCAGCUCUCGCUGGCGUUUUGGACCUGCCUGCAACUGGAGAGUGACUUACUUGCUGAACUUCCUUGCCCCCCUUCAGGCCUCUUGAGUUACGAGAAUGACAUCCCCCACCCCAACAUGAGCUUACUCGAGGGGUUCGCACAGCCUGUUCUCGACAGUUAUCUCGGCCAGCUCUACCUACGAACGCAUCUCAACUGCAUCCACCGCAUGUUUUAUGGGCCGGGAGAUCCAACGAAAAACGGUAUACUGGAUAUGCCAUACAAGAAUGUCGACUUUGUCUCCGCUGCGGUUUCUGGAAUGGAAUGGGUCGCGAAAAGUCUCGUAUUUAGGGAAGAGGAUCCUCCUGCCACUGACAUUCUGGCUGCAAGACUUCGUGCCAAGUACUGGGGUGCUCAAGUUCUGACCUAUCGACCCUUUUUGAGGCAGAUGUUGCAAUUUUCAUUCGCCAAGAACCACCCGACCAUUGGACAGCCGCCCUCAUCAGAGUUUCGCGCCGAAGUCGAAGCGCCGCGCAUCGACCCCCAGGCAAGAAGCGUGGAGGACUUGGAUCCGCACAUUCUCGUUCUCUCCCAGAAGGCCAUUAAAGCUCUGAUUGAGAGCACCAGGGCUUUCCAUGGGCUGGGCGACAAACGGCCGAUCAUUACGAGUGUGUUUGGCACUGCGCACGCGCAGUGGGGCAACUUACUUGUCUUGUCUGCUGCGUUCAGAGACCCGAUCAUGGGCGCAUACGUUGACGAAAAGCUUCUACGCCACUUGUUCCAGAAGACGAUUGCCUUUUUGCGACAAUCAGCUACGGCCACGAGCUCACUCCGCAUCGACAUGCACAUUUUGGAAGGCAUUCAACAUGACUUUUGGGGCAUCGAACCUUCCUACAGCAGCAACUAUAAUGGCGCAUCGCAUCCGGCUGGCAGUGCGCAGACGACGACAGCGCGCAUGUCAUCGGAUAGCAUUGAUAUGCCGCCACCGAGAAACGCUAUUGAAGGCGAAGCAACAUCGCAAUUGCACAACUAUCGUUCGACACCAGCGGCCGGGUGA